UCCCUAGUUAUAGUUAGCUAUAUCCCGCUAAACCUAGCUCGAAACAGAUAAAACGGUUCAACUGCUAAAAUUGAUUACUUAUUAAACAAAAACCUCGCCAAAAUUCGUUGAUAAGCUUCCGCUGGAGUACAGAGGCAAUAACAACAAGCGAUUCGCGGCCACCUACCGCCCCCCAAUUAAAAGCCAAAAGUCGGCUAUCGGGCGCCGCAGCGGAAAGUACGAAGACAACUGCCGUGCGGUGGGGUAAAGUUCACAGCACUUUUCUUUUGUCCGGAGCGAGUCAGUCGAAACCCGUCGCCAUGGUCGACAACAACCUGCGCAGUGCUGUGAUCAACGAGGCGCCCCUGCUGCCGCCCUCAACCAGCGUCGGAGUGGGCGUGACCAGCGGCGGGCAUCCGGCGGAGCCAGUGCUGCGCACUCCGUACGGAAAUGUUAGGGCGCUGCCCGGCGCGUCGCAGCCCCCUCCCCUGCCGCAGUCGCCUUUCCAGCAAUCACAGCAGUUCGGAGGAUUCGACGGCGGAUACGGAGGAAACAACUACGGUCUCGGCGGAUUCGGCGGCUUCAACGGUGGCGCCUUCGGAUACGGGGGAAUGGGUGGGUAUGGAAGCGGCUACGGAUACGGGGGCGGCUACGGCGGAGGCUUUGGUGGGGGUUACCAUAGGUUUGGAACCCCGGGCGCCAAUGAUCCGGAGCAGCGGUUCAUUCAGAUGGCUGAGGCCAGCUCGCGUCCGGCCUUUCAGAGCAUCGAAUCUCUGGUGUCGGCCAUCGGCAACAUUGCCUCCAUGCUGGACUCAACCUUCUUCGCGCUGACCAGCUCUUUUCGGGCCAUUCUCGGCGUGGCGGCGAACUUCGGACGGCUCCGCAGUGUGUUUGCCCAGUUCUGGACGACUUUUGCAAUCUUCCGGGGCCUUAACUGGAUUUACAGGAAGAUACUCUUUUGGCUGCGACUAUCGAAUCUGGAUCCAUCGUCAGCGGCUUUUAAGAAGGCCUUUGCCGAGGCCCUCAACGAUAACAACCAGCAGGCGGGAGGAGCACCUCAAGGUACUCGAAAAGGAAGUUCACCCUGGCCGGUCCUGGCCUUCAUCAGCUUCAUAUUUACAGCUCCCUACUUGAUCAUGAAGCUGCUGGGCACCGUGACGAACACCGCCCAGGAAGAAGCCCGUAAUCCAGCCAAGUGGACGGCACCGAUCCAAACCCAGGCCGUUUAUGAUUUCGUGGGACGCAGCCAGAGCGAACUUUCGCUGCGCGCCGGCCAAACGCUCCAUGUGGCCCCCCGCGACAUCCAGCAGACUCUUAACCUGCUCAACACGGGCUGGGCCCUCGCCACCACAAACGGUCACACGUCCGGUAUCAUUCCAAUCAGCUAUGUGAAGUCGCCUCAGCAAAUGCGUCAGGAGAUACAGGACCAGAUGAAGCCCGUCCAGCCACAACCCGAACUGAUGGAUUUGUCCGCGGGAGCCUUUGCGUCUCCGCCGUUGGAGCAGCAAAUGAACUACGACUUUAAUCUGGCCGCCCAGCAGCAGGGGCCUCUGGGUCCGCCCUCAACAACGGCGGCCGUCCUGGGCGAGGGAUUCGCCUGAGCCGACCAACUGCGCUGGAACACAGCUUUAAUUUUAGUUACGUUCGGUUCAGCUUCUGUAGAUGUACGUCCUUGUAUUUUAGGUUAGCUUCCGCCUUUUGUACAUUUCCAUUAAGUUGUAAAUGCUUAUUCAGCGAUCCCAAUGAAAGUAAACACUAACCAAAUGUCGUGGCUUGGAAUCGGAA